AUGGCCAAGUCAAAGAAAAAUUUGAACCCAGACGAGCCCGUGCUUGAGGAAACCACCUCGGAUCCUCAAGAAGUCGCUCACAGGGCAUCAACCAUGGAGAUACCCGAGCCCACCAUCAGCCGUAUUGGACACUUAGAGCGAGAAUUCGGUCAGCUCCGUCGAGAUAUGAACAAGGCCGAGAAUCAUAGACGGCGAGAUAUGGAGAGACAAUUCGGUGAUCUUCAAAAAGACUUAGACGAAAUGAGGAAGAACCAACAAAAAGAAAUGGAUGAAGUGCGUGCAAUGUUUAGGGUUCUUGCUUCAAACCAGCAACAGGGUACAGAAAGGGCUACUCAUGGCCCGAAUACACGCCCAGAUAAAGGAAAAGGUUUGUUAGUAGCACCGAACUACCAAACCGACACUGAGGUCGAUCCCAACAACAUAUCUCACAUUGGGACGAGUACAGAGGGAGGCAGACGCAAUACUAUGGCGCCUCCUCAAGAUCGGCAUCAACAGGAUGCCUACGGUGAUAGAACUCCCCGUGCCCCACGCUUUGGCCAAUAUAGCCAAAACCGAGUGGAAUUAACGUCAGAAGGGGAGCAAGACGAGUCUCCAGCUCGUCAACGAAGAGGAUCUCGAUUCCACCACAGACAAGAAGAGCGACGGACACCCUCAGUCCGAUAUCAGUUCCCUAAGUUCAAUGGGGAACACUUGCGUGAAUGGCUCUUCAUGGCAGAGCGAUACUUCCUAUGCCACCACGUCCCCGAAGAAGAAUGGAUAGAAAUAGCUACGGCAAACAUGAUUGGGGAAGCCACAACGCAUUAUUUGUGGUUUAACCACAAUACAGAUGUCCAGACGUGGGUGAAAUAUAAGGCCAGUCUCCAACUUCAAUUUGGAGACUCAACAUUUAUAGAUUACGAUGAGGACUUGAAGAAUCUAGUCCAGACCACUACCGUGCCCGCCUACAAGAGGCAGUUUGAACGCCUCGCCAGCAUGGUUAGAUGGCCUGAGAAGGCCCUCAUCGGCGCUUUCAAGGGAGGCCUUAGAAAUGACAUCAAGCGAGAGAUGAAAAUUCAUCGCUUUAAAAAGUGUGAGGGAAAAUGGGACAAAUAUCACAAGUGCCCCGCGUACUUCAGGGUACAAGUGAUAAGUGACGUGGAGUCAAGCUCGUGUACAGACAGUGACUCAUCCUCCAGCGCUUCUUAUGAAUCCAGCUCGUCCUCGUCUGAGGAAGAAGUAAUUCAAAAGCGCCGAGUUAGAAAAACCGAGAAAAAGAAAGAGGUUACCAAGGAAGAGACUCCCGUUGAAGAGGAGAAACCCACAGAGGCCGAGUCUCUUCACUCGAUGCAAGACCCGAAUAAGCCCAACUCAUUCCGUGUGUUUGGGAGGAUCAACGGCAAGAAGAUCCUCAUCUUGUUGGACAACGGGGCCACACGAAACUUCCUAACCGAGGAAGCCGCCAGAAAGUGUAAAGUGCCCUUAGAAUCCAGCCAGCCACAAACAAUAGUCGUGGGAGGGGGUCUAAGGCUGAAAUGCCUUAACGAAGGGAAGAACAUGGAAGUUGUAAUCAAGAAGAAACCCUUCAAAAUCGAUUUCUUGGUAAUUCCGUUGGAUGGAGUCGAUUUAAUUCUCGGAAUACCCUGGUUUUUCACAUUGGGCAUCAUAUCAUGGGACGUGAAGAAUUUCAACAUGACCUUCACGCCCGAUGGUGAGGAUGAGCCGAUGACCUUACAAGGCAUCACGAGUACAAUGCGUCCCAAGGCUGCCUUACGAGCUAUAGAGGCAGACCAACCAGCGUGUUGGGUGAUGGCACUAGCGACAGAUGUGCCAUCAAAAGAAGAGCAAGAAGAGAUUGUGCCACCAAGGAUUCAGUCGGUGCUAGACCGUUUUGAAGAUUUGUUCGAGGAGCCAAAAGGAUUACCUCCUCCUCGCUCCUACUACCAUCGAAUCGUUAUGACCCAAGGGGCCGAACCGGUCAAUGUACGGCCCUACAGAUAUGGGUAUAACCAGAAGGCUGAGAUAGAGCGUCUGGUUAAGGAGAUGCUAGAGAGUGGCAUAGUUCAGCCAAGCAGCAGUCCUUUUUCUUCCCCUGUCUUUCUAGUGAAGAAGAAGGACAACACAUGGCGCUUUUGUGUUGAUUAUCGCGCCCUGAACGAAGCCACGGUGAAGGACAGGCACCCCAUACCUGUCAUCGAUGAGUUGUUGGAUGAACUAGCCGGCGCGACCAUAUUCUCCAAGAUAGACUUGAGAGCCGGCUAUCAUCAAAUCAAAAUGUGCAAGGAUGACGUCCCCAAAACGGCAUUCAGGACACAUGAUGGGCACUACGAAUUCCUCGUUAUGCCCUUCGGUCUCACUAACGCACCGGCUACAUUUCAAAGGUGUAUGAACGACGUCUUUCGCCAAUACCUGCGAGACUUUAUAUUGGUUUUCUUCGACGAUAUCUUGAUAUACAGUCAGACGGAGGAAUUGCAUGAGCAGCACCUUGCAGUAGCUCUUCAGGUCUUGCGUGAUAACCAAUUAUAUGCCAAGCGGUCCAAAUGCAGCUUUGGACAACCAAGCAUUGGUUAUCUUGGGCACAUCGUGUGCCAACAAGGGGUUCGGGCAGACCCCGAAAAAUUGGACGCCAUGCAGAGAUGA